AUGGCAGAGAAGAAGAAAGAAGAGAAGGAUAGCGAAGUCUUCGUCCUCAAGCUCAACCCUGAAACAAUUUUAUUCUCAAGCUCAUCUCUUGGUGAUGAAACUACAAGUGCCACGCUUAAACUCACUAACCCAACAAAAGAGAAAAUUGCAUUCAAGAUCAAGUGCACAUCGAAUGAAAUGUUCAAAAUCAAAGUUCCCGUUGGACUUCUCAAACCGGAUGAAAUCACUGAAAUUGCGCUAUUCCACACUCCUGGAAAACCAAUUCCAGAAAACAUGAAGCAGUAUUUCGCCGUCUAUUACGUCAAAACCGAUUCAGAUAAACCAGUCCGCGAGUUAUGGAAAAACGCAAAAAAGCACGAUGGAGUCAAGCGAGUGUUCAUUACGUUCGAAAAGCUGCCAAAGAAAGAUAAAAAGGAAGAGAAAAAAGGAGACAAAGAAGAUAAAAAAGAGAAGGAUGAGAAGAAGGAUGAUAAGAAGGAAAAAGCAGAUAAGAAGGAUGAUUGUGAGAAACAGAAUACUGAAGAGAAGAAAGACACGACAGAAGAGAAAAAAGAAGAGAAAAAGGAAGAUGAAAAGGAAAAGAAAGAAGAGAAGAAGGAUGAUGAGGAGAAAAAAUGA